UUUUUCAUAUCUAAACCGCAUGUGCCGACUACCGCUAAUAUAUAUAAACCCAACAAACCCUAACUUCAAAACCCUCUCCUCCCUUCGCUCUCUGCGAUGUACGGACAACAGCCGCACCACCGCCCUGGCGGUACCGGCUGCGGUGCACCUCCGGCUCCGGCUCCGGUGGCACAACCUCUGCCUCCAGAGUUGAACCCCAACUUACUGCCCCAAUACCUUAACAACCUCUACCACCAAAACCUUACCCCCUUCGCCACUAACCAAUUCUUCCAAAACCCUAAUUUCCCCCCACUCCAAAACCCUAAUUUCCCCCCGCUCCAAAACCCUAAUUUUCCCCCGCUUCAAAACCCUAAUUUCCCACUCCAUACUCCUACCUUCCCUAUCCAACAAGUUCCCAAUUUCUUCCCCAAUCAGAAUAGCUUCCCUGUCCAACCUCAGCCGACCAAUCGACCUGAACAAUCGAUCGAGAGGAUAGAUAGGGCCGUAGUGAAGGCUCACUGUGAUCUCGUCGCGGCGAGAGAGAGUGUUUCGGCUUGGAAAGUGUCUCAGGCUGCGUUGUUGGUAUUGAAGGCUGAUUCUUGGGAAUCGUUGGGAGUUCAGAUGCAGCUAGUCCCUUCUCUUAACCGCCUCAUAGUCGUGGAAGGGAAGAUCAAUGCGUUUAUCCACUGCUUUGUUGCGGUUCAAAGAAUUACUUCAUUGUAUGAUUUGGAAGUGGCAAUUUGCAAGAAUGAGGGUGUUGUGCAAUUUGAAGAGCUUGAACUAGGCCCUUUGGUACGCCAUCCACUUGUUAUGCAUUACUUUUCUGUAAGUCCUGACUUGACAGAAGUUUUCAAGAUAACAAGUGAAGAGAUACUUUCUUGCCUUUGUGAGUUCACGAAUACUCAGAAGGACAAAGAAAUUAAGGUUGAGGAAUUUUUGGGUUUUAUUGCUAAGAAGCGAUCAAUCACAGGCAAUGAAAAACUUUGUGUGCGUAUCCAAAGCUUGGGGAUGCAUAUUACUCUUAUCCGCCAAGCAAGGAGAUCUGAAAGUACCACAGUAAACAAAAUUUUUGAUGACUUGCAAAAGAAAUCUGAAAAGAAAAGUCAUAAACGCCGCCCACUUCUGUCCUUGCAGAAAAAGCAGCUGGAUGACCAUUUUAGCUCUAUAUCACAACGUGUCAAUUCAUUUUCCCCACUGCAUGGGAAUUUUGUUGGCAAGCAUGUAAAAUUUUCUUCUAGUUCAGAGGAUGAUGGUAGUGAUGAUUCUGAUUACGAAGGCAACAAGAAUGAUGCAGAUGCAAAAGAUAACAGCAAGGACUUGUUGCAGAAUACUAGCAAUGACAGAGUAAGUAGCUGUCCUUACCCAUCAGCUGCUGAAGAGAUGUCACGACUAGGAUUGAAAGGAGAAAUGGAUGUUAGUGCUUCCGCAGGUAGUGGCAGUGAAAGAUGCAACCAAAGUAAUGGCCAGUUGAAAAAGAAAAGAAAAUCUGGAAGUUUAGGCAGCAACAUCACAGCACCUCACAAACUACCUAAAAAAUUCAGGACUGGAUCAGAAUUUUCGAUCGAUGAGGAUGAAAAGGAGUUUAUUGGUCAGAAUGAAGCUGAUCUUUUGCUUGAAGCAGAUCUUUUACUUCCUAACAGUUCCAUGAAAAUGUUCAUCACCACAUGGAAAGAGGCUUGCCGGGAGAACACUGUUAAUGAGGUUUUUGAGAGGAUGCUCCAGUUUUACAAAACAACUGGUCAGACAAGAUAUAAAGGGAAAGGGAUGUUUGCCGACGUAGGAACAAGAAAUAAAAUGAUGUCAAUGUUCUCAUCAUACCCAUGCAUUGGAUUGCUAAAUGUUGCUGUGACAUCCAUUAAAUGUGGAAUGUGGGAUAGCGUGUAUGAUGCUUUCCAAACUUUUACUGAACAGGACGCAGCAAAUACAAUUGCGAAGAAAUGUGCUGAAUAUGAAAGCAUCGAGAUUGAACCAGCUGAAAGGGUUGCAUUAGUCAUAGAUGAGCAUGUUUCAAAGUGUGAGCAAAGUGUCACUGUUGAAGAUAUUAUCAAGAAAGUUUCUACGUAUUUUGAGCUUGACUAUAACGACUUGAGCAAUGUAAAAUCCUCACUUGAGAAGAAAUUUACCUUAAUGAGGAAGCUUCGUGAUUGUGAGUUUUGGUUGACUAGAGAGUUCUCUGUCAAGGAAUUUGAGUCCCUUGGUUACGGGGAGUUCUUCACUUUCUUGGAGAAACAUGUUUCUCUAAUGCCUAAUACACUCCAGAGAUGUUUGACUGAUUAUGCAUAUCGGAAGUCUCCUUUGGAGGUUUGCAUGCUUCAGCAUCAGUUGUCUGUAUUACUGUCACAAGCUUCAAAUAGUUUAGGGGGAGUUGAAAAUGUAACCAAGGAGUUGCUUUCUGUGCUGCUUAUGAGGCAGUUUCCUCAAAUCAGUUUCACACUAGUAGAAAGCAGUUCAUUCAAAGAUUUUAGGAAUAUAGUGAGAGAGAAUGAAAGCACUUCUACUUGUGUCUUAUUUUCUGCGACUUUGUUAGGAAAUCGUGCUGGAGAUUCUGUCAAUGAGAAAGCUUUGGCAGAAACUACUACAGACGGAGCAGAGAUUGGCCAUAAAACUGGGUCUCUUGGUCCUUUUACUACAAAGGAUGCAAUUGAAGUCUUACUUAGGGCACCAAUGUUGGCAGAUUUAGAAUUGUGGAUGCAUUGGGAUCUCAGAUUUGCUCCCUCGCUUGGUACUCUUGUGGCCUGGUUGCUGAAUGAGGUUAAUACCAAAGAGCUUCUGUGCUUGGUUACAAAGGAUGGCAAAGUAGUCCGGGUUGACCAUUUAGCUACUGUUGAUUCUUUCUUAGAAGCUUCUCUUCAAGGGUCUUCUUUUCAAACAGCAGUGAAAUUGUUAUCUUUGCUUGCAUUGUAUGGAGGCGAAAGGCAUGUUCCCUUGUCCCUCCUAAAGUGCUAUGCACGACAAGCUUUUGAAGUCUUGACAAAGAAUUUCAUGGAAGUAAGUGAAAAUCGAACCUUCUUGACGCAUAGACAUUCACUUUAUAGACUGCACAUGUCUGAUGAUGAUGCCUCUGGACGCAGCACUGAUUUACGCAGAAGCAACAGUACUGUUCAUGAAGCGGUCACUGUUGUAGCGAGUUUUUUCAUUGAUUGUUUGGGUCAUUUUCCUACAGAAUUUCGUGCUUUUGCCGCCAACAUAUUGCUCUCAGGAUUACGAUCUGUUAUUAAAGAUGCUCCUUUGGCCAUAUUAGGCAAAUGCAAGCAAAUCGAGCAGCGUCUCAUGCUUCAUGAUGUUGGACUGUCUCUUGGUAUAGUGGAGUGGAUUGACGAUUACCAUGUAUUUGGUUCCAAUAUUGCUAUUGAGUCUUUUCCAUCUUCUGGUGUGUCAUGCUUACAAGCUGUUAGUUCUGAGUUCAUCAGGGGGUCAACGGGUAUCGAAGAUGCAGUUAAUAAGCUUGCAUCUACUCAAGGUGAAGUGGUGGUCUCUAUUGAGGUGGAUCAGAAGAAUGAAGAGUGCAAUGCGGCUUGCUUUGGGCUCAACAGUGAGAAGAAUACUGGUGAUUGUUUCAGCGAUGAACGACAUUUAUUAGUGGUUGACAUGGAAAAUGAGGCAGCGCUGAUUAUUGAAUCUAUUAGGCGUGAAGAAUUUGGUCUCGAUCCAAGACUUUCUCAAGAUGAGAGUGGCAUUUUGAAGAAGCAGCAUGCUCGCUUAGGGAGAGCGCUCCAUUGUCUUUCACAAGAGUUAUAUUCACAGGAUUCACAUUUUCUUUUGGAGCUGGUUCAGAAUGCAGAUGACAAUGUCUACCUGCCAAAUGUUGAACCAACUCUGUCAUUCAUUCUUCAGGAUUCAGGCAUUAUUGUUCUCAACAAUGAACAAGGCUUUUCAGAACAGAACAUUAGAGCGCUUUGUGAUGUUGGAAAUUCGACAAAGAAGGGGUCCAGUGCCGGAUAUAUUGGCAAGAAAGGCAUUGGCUUCAAAUCAGUGUUCCGGGUCACUGAUGCUCCAGAGAUUCAUUCCAAUGGGUUUCAUGUCAAGUUUGAUAUAACUGAGGGGCAGAUUGGUUUUGUUUUACCAACAGUCCUUCCUCCUUGUGAUAUUAAUUUGCUCCAGAGGCUGGCUUGUUGUGAUAAUGAGAAUAUGGAUACUAACUGUUGGAACACAUGCAUUGUGCUUCCUUUCAGAACAAACAUAUCAGAGGGGUCUCCCAUGGAUGGCAUUAAAACUAUGUUUUUAGAUCUUCAUCCAUCUUUAUUGCUUUUUCUUCACCGCCUCCAGUGCAUCCGGUUCAGAGACAUGGUUUCUGAUUAUAUGAUUACCAUGAAGAAACAAAAUGUGGGGAAUGGUAUCGUGAAGGUAUCAGUUGGGAAUGAGACUAUGACUUGGUUUGUAGAAUCUCAAGAGUUGCAAGCUGACACCAUUCGUCCUGAUGUGAAAACGACUGAAAUCUCAAUAGCGUUCACCUUGCAGGAAUCAGAUAAUGAGGGUUUUAUCCCAUGUCUGGACCAACAGCCUGUUUUUGCAUUUCUCCCUUUAAGAAGAUAUGGUCUAAAGUUUAUCAUCCAAGGUGAUUUUGUUCUUCCUUCAUCUAGAGAAGAAGUUGAUGGAGAUAGCCCAUGGAAUCAGUGGUUAUUAUCCAAGUUUCCUGAUUUAUUUGUUGGUGCAGAGAGAUCUUUUUGCGCCCUUCCUUGUUUUAGCGAGAAUCCUGGCAAGGCUGUUGCAGCUUUUAUGAGCUUUGUACCACUUGUAGGGGAAGUGCACGGCUUUUUCUCGAGUCUUCCACGGUUAAUUAUUUCUAAGCUACGUACUUCUAAGUGCUUGCUUAUGGAAGGGGAUAAUAAUAAGUGGGUUCUUCCCUGCAAGGUUAUGAGGUGCUGGAAUCAACAAGCUCGGUCUCUUUUGCCUGAUAGCUUGCUCCAUGAGCACCUCGGCCUUGGAUUUUUGGAAAAAAAUAUAGUGUUGUCAGAUUCAUUGGCUAGAGAUCUGGGUAUUCAGGAAUAUGGACCCCAAAUCCUACUUCAGGUAAUAUCUUCUCUGUGUCAUUCAGAGAAUGGUCUCAAAUCAGUCAGCCUGGUUUGGCUAUCUUCUUGGCUCAAUACCCUUUAUACAAUGGUUUUGAAUUCUUCUCGGCUAACAUCUGUAGACUCUGGGGCGGCAUCAGAUGCUAUAAAUGCACUCAAAAAAAUUCCUUUUAUUCCUCUUUCAGAUGGUACUUAUAGUUCGGUGGAUGAUGGUACAAUCUGGUUACACUCCGAUGGUGUAAGCCCCAGAUUGGAUAUUGAUCAUGGUCCUGAUGUUUUCCCUUUAUUGUAUGCUCAACUUCGGAUGGUAAGUCCUGCGCUUCUAUCUGCUGCUGCAACUGUUGAUAGUUCAUGUUUGGAUGUGUCUGUCAUGAGCAAUGUCAUUAGGAUGCUUCAAAGAGUUGGUGUCCAACAGGUGUCUGCGCAUGAGAUUGUGAUGGUACACAUCUUGCCAGCUAUCUCUGAUGACAAAAUCACUGAGGACAAGAAAAGUUUGAUGAUAGAAUACCUUGCUUUUGUACUGUUGCACUUCCAAUCAAGUUGCCCCAACUGUCAUGUGGAAAGGGGAGAAAUAAUAGCCGAGUUGCACAAUAAAGCUUUCGUUUCAACAAAUCAUGGAUAUAAACGACCUGGUGAAGUAUGGAUUCAUUUCAGUAGAGAAUUUGGAAAUCCUAUUGAUGUAAAUAAGUUGAUUAGUGGGUCGGAUUUGACAUGGCAUGAGGUAGAUGUUGCCUAUUUGAAACAUCCAAUGACUGAAUCACUACCAGGUGGUAUGAUGAAAUGGCGGGAGUUUUUCCAGGAAAUAGGCAUUACUGACUUUGUGCAUGUGGUUCCAGUUGAAAAGAAGAUCACUGAGAUAUCUCCUACAGUUCUGAAGAAUAUGUCGUGGGAUGGGGACCUGAUCUACCAUGGAGCGAUUGCUAAAGAUUGGGAGUCAGCAGAGUUGUUUCAUUUGUUGUCCCAUUUAUCCUCAAGCGGUGACCUGAUAAGGUGUAAAUUCCUGUUGGAAGUACUCGACACGUUAUGGGAUGAUUGUUUUAAUGAUAAAGCUACUGGUCACUUCAUUUUGAAAUCCCCAGAGGGUAACAGAAUGUUCCAGUCUUCGUUUAUGAGCAGUCUCUGUGGUGUUCAGUGGAUGGUUUCAAGUUUGGAUAAUGAGCUUCACUAUUCCAAGGAGUUGUUUCAUGAUUCCGAUGCAGUACGCUCAAUCCUUGGUGCUAUUGCUCCGUAUGCUGUUCCUAAGGUAAAAAGUGAAAAGUUGUUGUGCAAUGUUGGGCUUAGGACUGAAGUUAGCCUUGACGACAUCUUCCUAGUUCUUCAAGUUUGGAGAAGAUCUCAGACCCCUUUCAUGGCUAGCAUAUCACAGAUGACGAAAUUUUACACAUUCAUUUGGAAUGAAAUGGCUACUUCAAAGCAAAAGAUUGUUGACGAAUUACGUCUCGGACCUUUUAUUUUUGUUCCAAACUCAGUCAUUCCAAGGCAUGAGGAUGUUGUGCCUGGUGUCCUUUUUUCUCCUUCUGAAGUAUAUUGGCAUGAUUUAACUGAUUCUAUGAACCAAGUCAAGGAGAUCCAUCCUCAUAGUGGCUCUAGUGCUAUUGGUCAUCCCUUAUGCAAGACAUUAUGCAACGUUUACCCAAGUCUACAUGAAUUUUUUGUGAGUGAGUGUGAAGUCAAUGAGGAACCCCAUCUCCGUAGCUACCUUGAAAUUUUGUUGCAGUUAUCUACUGUAACUUUGCCUUCCCAGGCAGCUGAUACGGUUUUCCGAGUUUUUCUGCAGUGGAGUAAUGGACUGAAAUCUGGGGUUCUGACUCGUGAAGAUCUUUCUUACUUGAAAGAUUGUCUUCUAAAAGUGGAAUUUGCUGUGCUUCCUACUGUGCUAGAUAAAUGGGUUUCCUUACACCCGUCUUUUGGACUCAUCUGUUGGUGUGAUGAUGAGAACUUGAAAAAGGAAUUUAAGCAUUUUGACAAUAUUGAUUUUUUGUACUUCGGCAAACUUAGUGCUGAUGAACAAGAGAUGCUUCGGGUUAAGGUGUCUGUUCUGUUGCAGAAUUUAGGAAUUCCUGCUCUUUCUGAGGUCAUAACUCGUGAAGCAAUUCACUAUGGUCUGGCAGAUCGUAGUCCCAAAGCUUCAUUGCUCAAUUGGGCUCUUCCGUAUGCUCAGCGUUACAUCUAUAACGUGCAUCAUGAUCGAUAUUGUCAACUCAAGCAGACUGGAUUUGAGAACCUGAGUCAUUUGCAAAUUGUUGUUGUUGAGAAAUUGUUCUACAGGAAUGUCUUAACAAGAUCUGGGGUUGCAUCCAAGAAACGUUUUGAAUGUGGCUGUCUUCUGCUGGGCAAUGUCUUCUAUGCCACCCGGGAGUCAGAUCCCCAUGCCCUGUUCAUGGAGCUUUCUCGUUUACUAUUUGAAGGAAGUCCUGACCUGCACUUGGCAAAUUUCCUACACAUGAUAACAACUAUGGUAGAAUCAGGUUCCAAUGAGGAACAGAUAGAAUUCUUUAUCUUGAACAGUCAGAAGGUUCCAAAGCUUCCUGAUGAAGAAGAAUCAGUCUGGUCCCUUCCACCUGCCGUGCCAUCAUCAAUAGUAAAUGAAGAAGCACACACUUCUUCAACAGUUAUAGCUGAGCAACAAAAUCCCACUAAGUCUAAGAGGAAACCUGGAAUCAACUCAAACUGGCCUCCUGCGGAUUGGAAAACAGCACCUGGUUUCAGUUUUCCUCGUUUAAGUCAGUAUAGGGCAGAGGAAGCAAUCCCACCUCCAAGCCGUAGCCUGCAUGUGAUGGAGGAUGAUUCCAAAAAGAAAUUUGCACAAAUGGAUCAUAUCACUCAGAUCGAGAUCAGUUCUGAUUGGACCGUAGAAGGUGUGGCAUAUAAUCCGGUUCCUUCUGAAGCUUCAGAUAAUAAUCCAGUUGCUUCUUUAUUAGGUUCUGCAAAUGAUUCCACUUGUCUAAUUACUCAAUCUGCUGACCCAAACUUAAGGGGUCAUAAGAAUAUUGAGAGGGAUCAAUUUUCUUUUGGCACCCCAAAUGUAGAAGCAGCUUAUUUAACAGGGAGACAGGGAGAGCUCGUCGCUUUCAAUUACUUUACCACGAAUUUCGCUGAGAAGAGUGUGACAUGGGUCAACAAGGAUAACGAGAGUGGUUUACCGUAUGACAUUGUCAUUGGGGAAGAGGGAAAGAGUAAGGAAUAUAUAGAAGUGAAAGCUACAAAAUCUUUAAAGAAGGACUGGUUCUUCAUAUCAUCCAGGGAGUGGCAAUUUGCUUUUGAGAAAGGUAAAUCUUUUUGCAUUGCGCAUGUUGGUUUAUCGGAUAGUACUCACAACAGGGCAAGGAUCACAUUGUUCAAAAACCCAGUGAGAUUGUGCCACCAAGGCAAGCUGCAACUGGCUGUUGUGAUGCCAAAAUAACUCCAGGAAUUUUCAGCCGUCUCCUGAAGGGGAAUAUAUGUGUGUUUGGGUGUGCUCGCACGCGCAUCUGGUGUGUACUCUAGUUUAUCUUUCACUGUCUUUACUUCACUUGGAGUUUGGUGCUGGCGGGCUUCAGAUUUCUUUUCAUGGGUGGAUACAUGGUGGAUCAGUGCUUCAAUGAGGUUUGCUUUGUGGUUGCACUAUCCAAUUGAAACUCACAAGCGAAGGUAUAUCUAUUGCAGGUGAAUUUUCUUCUGGUAGAAUCCAAUCGUAGGGUUUUCUUGGAUACACAUACGGAGAAUGAAGCGUGCAAAUUUGCACUGCUGCUUCUUGCAGAUCCACCUUCUGGUUUUGCGUUAUUCCUGGCCAGUGGUAAAAUAUUUGUUGUAACUUUUACACCCUCCCACAAUAUUUAGUACAAAAUCCAGUCGGGUAAAUACUGUUAGUGUUUUUCUUUCUGUAAUAUUAAUUUCAAUUGCUUCUGUAAUUGUUUAUUGGAUAAAUCUGUGGGGCUUCGUAUAGAUUGGCCUCACAAAUAGGAAAUUGCAAAAAUUUGUAGUCAGGGAUAGAAGUGGAUUGAUUGGUAUAAGUAUGUUUAUAUUUUAUGAAAUUGGGCAAUUAGAAAUUGUUGGUUAA